AUGGCUAUCUUAAGUAGAAGUGCCGGUAGCUACGGCUGUCCUAUACCAGACCAUCUUGAACAACUCGAGGUUGGUCCCUUCGUGGGAAAGCUCACCUUCUAUCAAAUCAACAUGAUUGUGUCCGGAGUGUGCACUGCAAUCGUGUUAUUUCUCAUCUUGGGCCUGAUGGGUCGACAUGCGAUGCAUAUGAGCAAUCCUAACGAGCAACUUAAAAUAAUGCGAAUCUGCAACCUCAUCCCGUCGUACCAAGUCCUAUCUUACAUCUCAAUCUGCUUCCCGAACUCCUACAUCUACCUACAAGGAUUCACUGAGGUUCUACAGGGCGUUGCGUUAUACGCCUUUCUAAUGCUACUCUGCGAUUAUAUGGCUCCUGAUGAGAAGAGCAAAGUGAAGUUUUUCUCCUCGCUUGAGACAAAGAGACAGUGGCAGCCAAAGAAAAAGAGGAAUGGUCUUGCCUUUUUGAGUUUGACUUGGUACUCAGUCCUCCAAUACCCUGUCAUCACUUGGAUUACCGCUAUUGUCCAAGUAGUGACACAGUCAAUGCAUGUCUACUGCCUUGAAAGCAACGCUCCUCAUUUCGCUCACAUUUGGCUCGAAGUGGUCACAUCAGUGUCAACAUCCAUAGCCCUCAAUGCUAUAAUCCAAUUCUAUGUGAACAUGAAGGGAUACAUGACAGAGCACAAGCCACUGCUGAAGCUAAUGGCAUUCAAACUGAUCGUUGGUUUAAUCUUGCUCGAGAAGAUUAUGUUCCUCAUCCUCACUAGCACAAAAGUCCUCACUUACCCCCCCUCAAUGACCUACAUCGACACACUGAUGGGGCUUCCAACAAUGCUCAUUUGUGUCCAGAUGGUGCCGCUCUCCUUCCUGGUCCUUUAUGCUUACCGCACAAAGCCUUACGAGAUCUCAACCUCAGUGAGCAGUCCGCGACCCCAGGCAUACCAGGCUCUUGAGUCAGACCAGGACGAGGAGGUCUUACUCAACGACCCGCCCAAACGCUAUCAAGGUGGAGCUUGGGGAUUCCGUGCCUGGGCUAUCUACCUAAACCCACUUGUGCUGUUCAAGGAUGUCCAUUCGGCUUAUCUCAUGAUACACAAAGCGCGGUAUCUGCAGAAGGUUCAAUGGAGGAAGCAACCAGAGCAGGAGGAGAUGGCUAGGUUUGCGACGAGAAAUGAUCCUGGUGAGGGGAGAUGA